UGUCAUGUGGUUGGGAGGCAUCCUGACUUACAGAUUGUUUUUCCUAGAUAUGUCAGCUUACAAAGGACAUCUCUCUAGUCCAAAGAACUUAAAUUCCAAAAAAUGUCCUUUCCCAGUAGCUCUCCUGUGGCAAAUACAUUUUUAGUGGACUCUUUAAUUGGUGCUUGCAGGACGGACAGCUUUUACUCCAACAGCAACAUGUACAUGCCGUCUGGCUCAGAAAUGGGAACUUACGGAAUGCAAACCUGUGGACUCCUGCCGUCUUUCGGCAAAAGAGGAGAGGUCAACCACCAAAAUAUGGGCAUGAAUGUCCACUCGUACAUACCUCAGAUAGAUAACUGGACUGAUCCGAACAGACCCUGCAGAAUAGAGCCGCCCAAUCAGAUGUCAAACUGUACAUUUUCACAGAGCAUAAAGGAAGAGAGUAACUGCUGCAUGUACUCCGAUAAGAGAGUACAAAAAGUCAGCUCAUCAGAAGUCCCCGCAUAUUCUAACGUCAUUCCUGAAUCUUGUCCUGUGGAUGGUCCCGAGAUCCCGGUUCCCGGCUAUUUCAGACUGAGCCAAACUUAUGCCAACGGGAAGCAUCAGGAAAACUACUGCCAUGAACCACCGAGUCCAAACGCGACAUUGAUGCAGCUCAGCCGGGUCACCCCGAAACCGCAGCCAUCCUCGGCGUCUUCUAAUUUCACGGAGGUGGAUAAGAAAAUUGAGGACGCCUCGCAAAACCCCGAGACCGCAAGAACUCCGGUCCCCGCAGAAAGCCCGGAUCCCAAGCCCAGCUCGGAGGAGAAAAACUGCUCAGUGGAAGCCCCCGUGUCCAGUCCUGAGCUGCUACAGAAGGAAGGGAAAGACUGCAAGAGUGACACGCUCACAAACAACUGGCUGACAGCAAAAAGUGGGAGAAAGAAAAGAUGCCCCUACACAAAGCACCAAACCUUGGAGUUGGAGAAGGAGUUUCUGUUCAAUAUGUACCUGACCCGAGAGCGCCGCCUAGAGAUCAGCAGGAGCGUCAACCUGACCGACAGGCAGGUCAAGAUCUGGUUUCAGAACCGCAGGAUGAAGCUGAAGAAAAUGAACAGGGAAACCGCAUCCGUGAACUGA